AAUAAUCAAAACUGAAUGCCGGCUUAUUUCAGCAACCUCUUGUUACUUUACGGUUCCGAGCAGCAACCAGCCUGCUACCAAGUGACGGUCUACCGCGCAUACAACGUGCCAUGUAGCUCUCACACACGCCCGGACAUUUUGGGGAACCCGCCGAGCACGUGCGUGAGACUCGCCUUCUGUGACCUGAUGGGUGAAACCGGUCCACAGCACCGCACCAACAAUCCAGUGUACAUCGAGCGCAUAUCCCUGGUCGAGAUGUUUCCAAACGUGUGUGACACAAUCCAGUUGGAUGUGUGCUCUGUUAACGUGGGAUCGAAGGUUCUGGCUAGUACGAGGUUGAAGCUGUCGGAAAUAUCGCAUGGCGGGGAGAACGGAUUCCUACCUACGUUCGGGCCGUCGCUUCUCCACUUGUACGGGCCGUGGCGCGAGUCUGACGAUGGCCCCUUCCACCGCGGCGCGCUGCUGGUGGCCAUGAAGACCAUAGUCCCAUAUUACAAGCAGGGUCUCAGAACGGUGCAUGUGGAACCGGUGACCGCUGGGUCGCUGGAUACGGAGUGGAUCAUUGAAAAUUUCAUCAUGUUCUGUCCUGUCUUCGAAGUGUCUAUGCUGGAUAAGAGCUUGUCGGGAACCUCGUGUGGGAUUGCGAUCACCGCUGGAGAGAUCCCUUUUUGCAGCCCCUUUGGCCAAGAUUCUGACGAAUUUGAGCGAGUGAUACGUGAAUCUUACAUGCUUGACUCAUCAGAACAGAAGAAGCUGCAUUACACGGGCGGCAGGCUCAUCCGCUGGAACAGCCACGUUUCGGGGCACCUGGAGCUGACGUGCCCGGUGCUGCAGCUGGCCGCGCGGCUGCCGGACCUGCGGCUCCGAGUGUACACGGACAACGUGCUGCAGGGGAUCCUAGCUGAUCUGGAAAACAAUCUUUGUGAAAUAUCUAUCCGUCUCACAAACAAUGAAUACAACAAUCCAAACGACCUUGUCGAGUCUCUCCAUCGCUCGAACGACGAAACGGCCACGAAGAUCAGGAAGUUUCUAGAAAUUGUCCAAUACUCCAGCUCAAACGAAGACAUGCAGAGAUAUACCACCGAGCUGGAUCAUAAACUUGUUCAGCUGCAGAAGGAGAAGAUCGAAAAAAUAUACAGCCGGCUAAUAUCAAGAAAGACUAAAGUCCUUCAUUCGCCGUGUUGCAGCAGGCCCCUUUGUCUUGAAAACAUUGUAUCCAAGAAAACUGUCAAAAUAAUGCUGGCAGAUGCUAAAAGCAUCCUUCAGGAGCUGAAAGAACUUAAGUACAAGACACCGGACGGCUGGCCGCAUAUAUCAGUAUGGCUGCUGAGCAACGGGUCUCGCGUCGCUCACGCCAAGAUCACGCCGGGUGACGUCAUACAUUCCGUCACGCCGGAGCAGAGCGGCCGGCGGUGUGGGAAGAUACAGACGGUUUAUCUUAAGCCAAUAAAAUGCACUCAUCACCAUCCGCUGGAGUGCCACUGCAUCAUCGGAAAAGUAGAGCUGCUCGCUUGGAUGGGCUUAUUCAGGCAUCGCGCCAUGUUCCAAUAUUGUAUUCCAGACGGGUACAGAAGUACCGAGUCGGACCUUGGCCUAGAGUGUGAGCUGUUGUUCCUAGAAUGCUGUGUGAACAUCUAUCGCGCUAAGCUGUCUGGCUCGUGCGAUCUCAGCGGUCUGUCGCCCUUCGUGAGAAUUCACUUUAUGAACAAUGUUAAAGAUACGCAGGUAUGUCAAAAUACCGCCACCCCGGUUUGGAGUGAGGUGCUCCGUAUAUCGUGUAGCGCUAACGUGUCCCCCCAACGCCUGGAGACUUGUCCACCGGAGAUACUAGUCGAGGUGUAUCACUGGGACGCCACGCAAAAGGUAAUACCCGAACCCCUUAUCUAUAGCUUCAUUUCGCUGCCCCAUAUUACAGGGUUCUAUGAUAAAAUCGAUCUGAUCGGUCGCGUGACAUUGACGCCCGAGUAUCUGGUAGCCCAAGACUUGGAGUCACCGCCUGCGCUGGACUGGCUCGAUCUUCAUCUGGGGGCUGAAGACGUGGGCAAAAUACAGAUGUCCGCGCAACUUAUGCAAUAUUUUACACUUUUUUUUAGAAUCGAUGUAUACUUUUGGGGUCUUCGAGAAGUGAGCAUUAUAAACAAGCCCCUGGUGACCCUGGAACUGGAGGACAUCACCAUAAAGUCGGCAAUAAUUACCCAAUGCAAAUCCAAUUGCAACUUUCCCAAUGCAAGGAUUUCACAGACGUUCGAAGGUAACCUGAACAACGGAUCACAGUUGUCAAUCAAAUUGUAUGACACAACCACCUUCGGACGGACCCUGUUCGUUGGUUCGAACGUGAAGAAACCUGGGAAAUACCUUCUCACCUGGCUGCCUAAGAGUGAGAGGGAUGAAAAACUGUUUCUGAAGCCUGUGGUGAACAAUCUCUUCAUGCAAGUAAAUCGCAAGACAUUUGUUAAAAGAAGCUUGACGUAUCCCGUUUUCGAAAAACCUAAAACCUACAAAAUUGAAGAAGAGAAAAAUCCAAAAGUAAAAUGGGAGAAAAUGAGGAAAAUGUUUUUCAAGAAGGCUUGCGAGGAAGAGUUAAUGUUGCUACCUAUUUACUCUAAGGAAAGAGACAACGUCGUGAAAGAGACGGAAGAUGAUUGGUGGACGAGAUAUUAUACUUCGUUAAAUGUAAGCACCUUCAUCAAUUUAUCUUUAAGAGGAAAAAGGACGGCCAUAUAUGACUCAGAGUUAGAGCAGCAGCCCGACUUCGCCAGGUUCAGAGACUGGUGCGGCACCAUCAAAAUCUACAACAGCACCAAGACAGGAAUACCUGAUAAGGACGAAAAGCUCCGGUGUGGCUACUUAAAGGCCAGUAUAGCGAUAUACCAGUGGCCGUCUCCAGCGGACACGUUGGCAGUCAGCAGUAGCGGCGUCGACCUACAACGAGGCUACUUCAAUAAUCACCCCGACAACGAGCCAGCCAGGUACCUAGUCCGCGUGUACGCGGUGAAAUGUUCUGGUCUGGUGUCCAAGGGUACGUCCAGGUGCUACGUGGCCGUGCAGUGCAACUCUAAGAAACUGUGCGACCGGGAGUCUAGCGUGCUCAGGGAUGCUGAACCUGCAUUUGGAAAAAUGUACGAGCUCGACUGCACGCUUCCAGAAGACUAUCUCCUGAAGAUAUCGGUGGUAGACUGCGGAGCUAUGGCUGACGAGCUGAUUGGCUGCACCAGUAUUGAUCUUGAAGACAGGGUCUACACAAAAUAUAGGGCCACUGUUGGCCUGGCUUCUGAGUACAAUAUAAACGGCCCCAACAGAUGGCGUGACAGUGACCGGCCGUCGGCCAUAUUGGAGCAGCUCUGCGAGAAGAACUACCUAGCGCCCCCUGAGUUCCCCGACCCCUCAUCCCUGGUCUUCAACGGGGUGGAGUAUAAGGACCUUGACUCUGGAACGAAAUACACAAACCCCUUAGCAAGCAAGGAGAACCUUUGCCUGAAUAUCCUUCACAAAUGGCACACAAUCCCCGUGUGCGGACACCGUCUCGUACCUGAACAUGUCGAGAUCAGAACUUUGUACGACCCUGACAAACCCGGAGUUGAACAGGGUAAGAUUCACAUGUGGGUGGACAUGUUCCUGCUGGGCCCUCGACAGACAAUACCGGCGCCUGUCUCCAUCCGUCCUCGCGCUGACGAGCACUAUGAACUACGAGUUAUUGUGUGGGACGUGCAGAGCUUAAAGCUGGCAAAGGGAGCGAAUAUCUAUGUUAGAGCAUGGAUUGGACCCAGUGAUGAAGCCCAAGACACUGACAUCUACACGAGCACAAACGGUGAAGGGCGCUUUAGUUGGAGAAUGAUCUUCCAGUUUCAAUACAAGCAUACUGAAAGAAAGUUGGUGCUCCACGAUAAGGGCCCGUUUACGGAGGUGACGGAGCUGUUUCCGCCCAUUCUCGUGAUCCAAGUCUUGGCUAUAGACGCUCCGACACUUCAAGAUUUUAUAGGUAUGCUAACGCUGGACCUGUCGGGCAUGCCACGAGGCUCGAGGUUACCCCACAGCGCGCACGCUGUAACGAAUAUGCGCAAAGUAAAUAUGUUUUCGGCGCACAACGCACGCGGCUGGUGGCCGCUCAGGAUGGUCGAUCGGAACUCCGGGAACCAUUAUUUUGCGGGUAUUAUAGAGCUGGAAAUAUCGCUGCUGCCUCAGGAGAAGGCUCUGCUGAUGCCCGUUGGUCUUGGCAGGGACCCGCCAGUGCCACUGCCUGAUCCAAUGUAA